AUAUUUACUUCUGUAUUUGUAAGCCAAACUUCUAGUCUUGUCCCUAGAGUCCGGCCCCUGCUCAUGACUGGAGAGCAGGCUACAGGAGACCCGCUCAGCAGCCGCUUCUGAACGGCCAUGCCCGCGAUGCUGUUGCUGUUGGUGUCGGUGGUCGCAGCGUUAGCACUCGCAGCACCGGCCCCCAGAACACAGAAGAAAAGGAUGCAAGUGAACCAGGCGCCCAACGUGGUGCUGGUCGCCAGUGACUCCUUCGAUGGAAGACUAACAUUUCAACCAGGAAGUCAGGUAGUAAAACUUCCCUUCAUUAACUUCAUGAGAGCACAUGGCACCACCUUCCUAAAUGCCUACACUAAUUCACCCAUCUGCUGUCCAUCACGUGCAGCAAUGUGGAGUGGCCUCUUCACUCACUUGACAGAAUCUUGGAAUAAUUUUAAGGGUCUGGAUCCAAAUUAUACGACAUGGAUGGACAUCAUGGAGAAGCAUGGCUAUCAGACACAGAAAUUUGGAAAAGUGGACUAUACUUCAGGACAUCAUUCCAUUAGAUGAAUUUGCAAAUUGCCCUUUCUACCUCGGUGAAGAAUUGAGUUGGAAUUUUGAUGGGGAUUGCACUGAAUCUGUUGAUUGCUUUCGGCAGAAUAGCCAUUUUUACAAUAUUAAUCCUGCCAAUCCAUGAGCAUGGGAGAUCUUUCCAUCUUCUGGAUCUUCUUCAAUUUCUUUCUUCAGAGACUUGAAGUUCUUAUCAUACAGAUCUUACACUUCCUUAGAGUCACACCAAGUAACCGUGUGGAAGCAUGGACAAGAGAUGUUGCAUUCUUGCUCCGACAAGAAGGCAGACCCAUAAUUAAUCUUAUCCCUGAUAAGAAUAGAAGGAGAGUGAUGACCAAGGACUGGCAGAAUACAGACAAAGCAAUCGAAUGGCUAAGACAGGUUAACUACACCAAGCCAUUUGUCCUUUACUUGGGAUUGAAUUUGCCACACCCUUACCCUUCACCAUCUUCAGGAGAAAACUUUGGCUCUUCUACGUUUCACACUUCCCUUUACUGGCUUGAAAAGGUAGCUUAUGAUGCAAUCAAAAUCCCAAAGUGGUUGACUUUGUCACAAAUGCACCCUGUGGAUUUUUACUCCUCCUAUACAAAAAACUGCACUGGGAAAUUUACUGAAAAUGAAAUUAAGAACAUUAGAGCAUUUUAUUAUGCUAUGUGUGCUGAGACAGAUGCCAUGCUAGGUGAAAUUAUUUUGGCUCUUCACAAGUUAGAUCUUCUUCAGAAAACUAUUGUUAUAUAUACCUCAGACCAUGGAGAGAUGGCUAUGGAACACCGCCAGUUUUAUAAAAUGAGUAUGUAUGAAGCUAGUGUCCAUGUUCCUCUUCUGAUGAUGGGACCAGGAAUUAAGGCCAACCUACAAGUACCAAGUGUUGUUUCUCUUGUGGAUAUCUACCCUACUAUGCUUGACAUUGCUGGGAUUGCUCUGCCUCCAAAUCUGAGUGGAUACUCCUUGUUGACGCUGUUGUCAAAUGCAUCUGCAAAUGAACAGGCAUUCAAAUUCCACCGUCCACCUUGGAUUCUGAGUGAAUUCCAUGGAUGCAAUGCAAAUGCUUCUACCUACAUGCUACGAACUGGCCAGUGGAAGUACAUAGCCUACGCUGAUGGUGCUUCCGUGCAGCCUCAGCUCUUCGAUCUUUCCUUGGAUCCGGAUGAGCUAACAAACAUUGCUACAGAAUUUCCAGAAAUUACUUAUUCUUUGGACCAGAAGCUUCGUUCUAUUGUAAACUACCCUAAAGUGUCUGCUUCUGUCCAUCAGUACAAUAAAGAACAGUUUAUCAUGUGGAAGCAAAGCGUAGGGCAAAAUUACUCAAACGUUAUAGCACACCUCAGAUGGCAUCAAGAUUGGCAGAGAGAUCCAAGGAAGUAUGAAAAUGCAAUCCAACAUUGGCUCACAGCCCACUCCAGUCCACUGGCUAGCAGCCCAACCCAGUCCACCAGUGGCUCACAGCCCACUCUUCCCCAGUCCACCAGUGGCUAGCAGCCUACUCCAGUGACCAGUGACUCAUAGCCCACUCUUCUCCAGUCCACCAGUGGUUAGCAUCCCACUUCAAUCCACCAGUAGCUCACAGCCUACUCUUCUCCAGUAGCAGUAGACAAUAAUAAAACUUUCUCAAGCUAUAUGUGAAUAUGUUGGUACAUACUAAACUGAAUCAGCCUUAACAAUUAUUAAAAUUACUUAUUUUCAAAAUAUGUACUAUAUAUUACUUGCCAAUGAAUACAGAAUUCAUAUUUUCAAAACUAGUUAUACUAAGACCUUAUUGUUGCAGACCUCUGACAGUUUAACGUCAGAAGUAUUUAAAGAAUAGAAGCAAGCAUUCUUACUGUUUCCCUGGAUAAUACAGAAUAUGAAAUAUUUUAACAACUAUCAGUUGUUAUUUAUGAAUCAUGAUGUCUCGUGACUGACUAGUUUUUUGGUAAAACUCUUUGGAAGUAUUUGAUGUGUUAGAACUAUUUAAUGGGACAUAGACUCUGAAUAUAGUUGAUUUUACUUUCUGUUGUUUAAAAAAAGAAAAAAAAGAAUAUGAAGUCCCCUUCCUUUCCUGGUUAACUUCCUUCAAAGGGCAACCACAAUCUCCUUGCUUGUAUCUUAUUGUGAACAAGCUAUAGUCACCAACCAAAUGGAUAUAUUCUUUACACAUGCAUGCAGGCAUAUACACAAUUGAUAAUGUGCUAUAUAGUAUUUCUUUUGGCACAUUGUGUUCUGGCUGUUAUUUUCUAGUUCCAAUUAACAAUAGAUGCUGAGGAGUAAAAUUGCUGAACCAGAAUCUAUAAAAAUGUCUGUAGAUUUUCCCAAGUUGUUUCUAAAGAAGUGCCAGCUGUUGGCAUUCCCACCAAUAGGUAGCAAAUAUUUUAUUUUUACUUAUUGUGAGUACUGAAAUUUUUUUUCAUAGAUCUAAUAACCACUAAAAUUUGCAUCAAAACGACUCCCACUAUGUCUGUUGGCCAUUUUCUCUGUAGGUUGUUAGCAUUGUUUUGUUUUGUUUUUUUCUGUCAUACAUAUGUUUUUAGAUACUAACCUUUUGAAAAGCAAAAGAGAAAAAAAGGACUUGCUACUCAUCAGAGGACUAAGAUCCAAGUAUUGGCACCCACACAGUGGCUCACAACUUGUGUGUAACUCCAAUUCAGGGGAGCCAGUGCUCUUUUCUGGCCUCCAAGGAUGCCAGGUAAACAUGUAGUACACAGACAAAAUGCAGUCAGGACACUCAUUCAUAUACAAUUUAAAAAAUAAUAAACAAAUAUAUUUUUAAAAAUACUGGAAAUAAUAUUUUUCUAGCUUGUCUUUUGAUAUUGACCUGGAGGAAAUGUGUAUUUUCUUAAUUAUAAAUCUUUGUAUCAAAUAAAUAUGAUUUUUAAAAUUAAAAUAUUCUUUAAAAUGUUUAUCAAUCUCUAUUUUGUGCCUUUUAGAAUCUGUGUCCUAUUAGAAAGUUCUUCUCUCUGAUCUUCAUAAAGUUUUGGUUUUAGCCCUUAGAUCUUUGAUCCAUGUAGAAUAUUUUUCAUAUUAAACAUCUAACUUUAGUUUUCAA